CUCCUCCUCGGCGCCCGGGCUUCGACGAGACUCCGGGCUCUCCCCAUCCAGCACGUUCCCAGCAACUGCUCUGCAAGCUGCCCCCUUCUUCUUCUUCUUCUUCUUCUUCUUCUUCUUCUUCUUCUUCUUCUUUUUUUUUUUGGAGUUUGAACCACCUUUCCCGAGCUGCUGGAAGUACACAAGCCAGAGCCCCCACAGAGCUGGCCGGACUCCGCGGCGGUCGUCUCCCCGACUCUGACGGAUCACCGAGGGGACCUUGCGCGUAAUCGGAAGGACUGGAAAUUAUUGAGCCCUCUCACAUCAACGUGCCGCAUGGUGGGAAUUUCUGCCUCUUUUCAGUAUCGCACUGGGAAGCGCUCCACCAUGCCCGACUCACCUGCGGACGUCAAGACACAGUCCAGGUUGACCCCCCCUACCAUGCCGCCCCCACCCAACACACAGGGAGGACCACGCAACAGCUCCUACACUCCCACGACAUUAACCAACGGCAGCAGCCACUCUCCUACGGCGCUCAACGGCGCUCCAUCUCCACCCAAUGGCUACAGCAAUGGUCCUAGCUCCUCUUCGUCAUCCUCGUUGGCCAACCAGCAGCUGCCGCCGGCCUGUGGCGCCCGGCAGCUCAGCAAGCUCAAGCGCUUCCUCACUACGCUACAGCAGUUUGGCAACGACAUCUCACCAGAAAUCGGCGAGCGGGUCCGCACACUGGUGCUGGGACUAGUGAAUUCCACGCUAACCAUCGAAGAAUUUCACUCCAAGCUCCAAGAAGCCACCAACUUCCCUCUGCGACCUUUCGUCAUACCCUUUCUGAAGGCCAACCUGCCACUUCUCCAGAGGGAGCUGCUGCACUGUGCCAGGCUGGCCAAGCAGAACCCGGCUCAGUACCUGGCCCAGCACGAGCAGCUGCUGCUGGACACCAGCACCACCUCCCCCGUGGACUCGUCUGAACUCCUGCUGGAUGUCAACGAGAACGGCAAGAGAAGGACGCCGGACAGAACCAAAGAAAAUGGCUUCGAGCGGGAUGGUGCCCUGCACCCAGACGUUCACCCCAGCAAACGGCCCUGCACCAUCAGCCCCGCGCAGCGCUUCAGCCCAUCCAACGGGCUCUCCUACCAACCCAACGGCCUGCCCCACCCAGGCCCGCUCCCUCCACAGCACUACAGGCUGGACGACAUGGCCAUCGCCCAUCAUUACCGGGACAACUACAGACACACGCCCUCCAACCAUCGGGAGAUCCGGGAAAGAGCUCGGACAAUUGGAAUACAUGCAGGGACCAGGCAGGAGGAAGUGAUUGACCACAGACUGACAGACAGAGAGUGGGCUGAGGAGUGGAAGCACCUUGACCAUGUAAGAAAACUGCUGAACUGUAUCAUGGACAUGGUGGAGAAAACAAGGCGCUCGCUAACAGUACUGCGGCGAUGCCAGGAGGCAGAUCGGGAGGAGCUCAACUACUGGAUCCGACGAUACAGCGAUGCCGAAGAGCUGAAGAAGGGCGCCGCUAGUGGGCAGUCAAGGCAGCAGAGCCCUGCAGCGCAGGAAAAUGCAACACCGGAAAUUCACAGGGAGCUGUUGCACCGACCUGUGUCUGGCUAUGUCCCUGAAGAGAUCUGGAAGAAAGCUGGUACGGGAGGAUUGACUUCCUCUGUGUCCACACUCUUUCCAGAGGAGGCCGUGAAUGAGGUCAAGCGGCAGGCCGUGUCCGAGCUGCAGAAGGCCGUGUCGGAGGCCGAGCGCAAGGCUCACGAGAUGAUCAGCAGCGAGCGCGCCAAGAUGGAGCGCACUGUCGCCGAAGCCAAGCGGCAGGCAGCCGAGGAUGCGCUCUCCAUAAUCAACCAGCAGGAGGACUCCAGCGAGAGCUGCUGGAACUGCGGCCGCAAGGCCAGCGAGACGUGCAGCGGCUGCAACACAGCGCGCUACUGCGGCUCCUUCUGCCAGCAUAAGGACUGGGAGAAGCACCACCACGUCUGCGGCCAGACCCUCCAGGCCCAGCAGCAGCAGGCCGGCCAACAGCCGGGAGGCGUUCCCGGGUCAGAGACCCCCGCUCCCAUCAGCUCGUCGGCCUGCACCCCGAGCAGCGGGACCGGGAGUCCGGCUGCUACCCCGCCUGCUGCUACCCCUCGCUCGUCCACCCCCGGCACCCCGUCCUCCUCCGCCCUGGAUGGCGCACCCCGUUAAGAGACUCACACGGAGGAUGGAGGCGAGGGCCUGGAGGGGCCAACAUCCGGCCCCCAACCCCGCAAACAGCGCGACUGUCUACAUUGCCUUGCAAAGAUUCGAAGCUAACAUGGCUGACGGAAAGGGAUGGCAACGCUUCCGUCUAUCUUGCAGCGUAGUCAUAGGAGGGAGGAAGAGGAGGUCCAUAAUCAGGUCAUAUUGACUUGUGCCGUGACUUUAAAGAAACACAAAGAUAUUCUUUGUGUCUGAAUGAAUGAAUUUAAAUAUUGACAUCCGUUUGUCAUUACACUUGCUAUUCUUGUUGUCUGUUUUUUGUGCCUGUUGUCGUCGUAAACGUUGCUGUCAUCGUAGCUUUUCUUAUUUCCCCCUGUAAAUAUGAGACUGGACAGAGAAAGCCGUGAACUCAAGACAAGUAUAUAUGACCUCCCCCUGUUUUUUUUUUUUGUUUGGCUUUUCAUGUUUUUACUCUCCAUCCCGGAAUUAACACUUAUUUACUUCCUGUACCUGGGACAUGACACUAGUCAACCUCAAGAAGACAUUUUACCGAACAACAUACCAAUGGAAUAUGCCUGGCAGAGUGUCAUCGGCAUUCUGUGAAAGAAAUUCAAUUUGAAAGACACGCUGACGGAUGGAUACAUAAACAAAUUUGCUGCCUGGAGAGAGGAGCGAGGGGUGGACUGAAUCUCUGGUCCACAGACUGCCAUGCAAUGGGCAGAUGUGCGGCAGAUUGCAAGCAGAGCCAGCUGUUCGGCCAAUGUUAUUUCCCUCUCGCUUGUAAUAAUAUCCAGGUCAGUGGGCUGGGAAAUACAAAUUCGUCUCCCUGAAGGAUGUAAAAGGAUACAAAACUUUGCCCACUGCACAUGUGGAGGAUGUACUGACUACGCUUCACGAGUGCACGCUCGGUGGGCCACGGACGCUCUCGAAACAGGAGGCGAAGGCGUCGUCCCACCGGCGAGACUGUCCCAUCACCUCGACAGCAGCGGGGACACGCAGAGCUGCGGAUCCACGGUGUGAAGACUCACCCCACACUCCCCCCUCCUGUCUCAACACUAAGAAAAAACAUUUUCAUCGUUUCUCCAUGUUUCCUUUUUCUAUAGAUGUCAUGGUGUUUAAGACUUCUGUCCUGUGGUGUCAUCAAUGGUUAUUUAUUGUAUAUGUGUUGGACAAUUGUGACAAUACAUAGUAAUUCAACCAGUCACAACUCUUAGUCCUUCAAAACUCUCUCUCUCUCUCUCUCUCUCUCUCUCUCUCUCUCUCUCUCUCUCUCUCUCUCUCUCUCUCUCUCUCUCUCUCCCUCUCCCUCUCCCUCUCUCUCUCUCUCUCUCUCUCUCUCUCUCUCCCUCUCUCUCUCUCCCUCUCCUUCUCUCUAGCUGGUGCAAAAAGAGAUGAAAAAAAAGAAGUGUUAUCCUUUUUCCAAGCUGCUUUCCUAUUCUGUGUGUAAGUGGUAGAGCCCCCGUAGUUUCUAUAAGUUUUACUUCCCUUUGUCCUCAAGAAAAGACAGAAGCUAUAUCUCAGAGCUGCUACUUGAGUCCGACCCAGAUCUUUUCUGAGAACGAGCAUGUUGCGCGGAAUGCUUACCUAAAUGUUUUGUACAAGGGACAUACAUAAAUGUAAUUGCACUGUCACAGAUGUUACUUCGGCAUGCUUCUUUUCAGCAUACUUGUGUUGUCGGUAUGGAGCCAUAAUUCUUCUUCAGCCAUUUUGUAUGUAGUGAUAGCAUAAUACGUUUUGGGUUUUUUUAAUUUUUGGGGGGAGGGGGUGGGGUGGUUGGAAAAAUGUAAAAUCACCAAACCCACUUUUCUAUUCUCAACAUCCUAACAAAAGCAGCCAUAAUGUUUUUUUUGUUUUUUUUUUUAAAUAUUUACAGUUACAGACAGUGCAUGCACAUUAUUGAACGUUUGUUAGAUAUUUGUUAUUUUUUAGAAAAACUGAAAAGCGACCAAAAAAAGUAAAAACAAAAAAUACAAAAAAUAUAUAUUCUAACCAACUAACUUUCCAAAUGCAGAGGUGUAGACUCCGAUUGACAGCUUUAACACUGCAAAGCACCAGGUAACACAGUAUUAACACAAGAGAUAAAAAAAAAAAUAAACACACCAAAAACAGCCAAAGACUGACACCAAGGACCAAAAUCCUGAUUUAAACAAUUUUCAAUAGAGGUUUGUUCACACAAACAUUUGGUUAUUUAUUUCUGCAGGUUUUGUUCACACAUCCACAGAACAAAUCCAACUUCAAUGUCAUGAAGUCAUUUAUACUAAUUCCGUCUGGAAACCAAUAGCACUCAUCUUGCGUUGUGAAAUGAGAAGGUGUGAAUUAAAUAUAAUGAACAUUUCAUCGCAGCGUUACAUUUUAUUAACUGGAGCAAUAAUAACUAAUGUGACAUGAACACAAAUAACUUCUGUGACCGUUUUUGAAGAAAUCUUUGUGCAUUUUCUCAUUACACAAAUGUCAGAUUAAGUGCCCAUUUCAGCUUUAAGCAGUUAAGUUCUUUAUUUAUAUAGAGGUGAAUGUGAGACUGGGCUUUCACACCAAUGCUUUUUACAGCUGUUUUAUAUUUAUUUAUAUCAGAGUAUGUCUUUUUCGGGAUAGAUAAUCAGUCACAACUUUGUUGUAAACUUUCGAUGGAAAUCAAACAAACCUCUCAUUCAUAGUAAGAGAGCACUUAACCUGACGCACACGAAGGCUCUUCACCCCAGACACCUUGGUGCUACACAGAAGCGCGUUACAAAUUCUGACCUCAAGAAACGAGUGGACGCCUGCAAAUGUUGUGGGCACUUUUCUCCCUCUGUACUUCCUCAUCGCACCCUUCUUGUCUAACUAGAAUACACACCUGCAUUCUAAAAGGGUUCAACCAUCCAAAAAGGUGUUUGACACCCUACUCGCAAACUCCUCAAAAGCUGUGAAGGAACAGCCAAGCUGUUUUAACACUGGCGCAUUUGAAAGUAUACAACAAAUAAUGUGCGCGUGUGCAUCCUUAUCAGAGCAAAACCUGGGUUUUAAAGAAAAAAAGUAAGACAAACAUUAUUGCUCAAUGAUUCUUUAAAAAAGCUCUAUUUUUUUUUUUCUUUCUUCCCUCCUCUAUGUGUGUUUUGCUACAAAUUCCUCGGUGGCAAACAAGUCUCACUCUACCUCUUACAGCACGAUAAGAGCAUCAGUCGCAGCGCUGAUACUGGUCUAGUCGAAACCAAAUGGGCACAAGAGAACAGGAAAAUAAAAAACCCAAAGUCGAAGCUCAUACAGCUGCAAAACCAUAUCACUACUUGGUAACAAUGCAGACCUCAUAAAUGAAUGAAACAUAAAUGAAUAGAAACGACAAAAAAAGUGGAGGAAAAAAAACUUUUGUUAUGUUCCUUUAUGCCUGUGGCGUUUCUAGAUUACAUCAAGAGUUUGAAUUGUUUGAACAGGAAAAAAAACAAAAAAAAACGAUCAUUUUAAAGAAAAGUGUUUUUGAGUCCUAUUUCGAUGAAACAAGCUAAGGUCACGGAUAAGAAAUGUUGUUUCUCUCUCGCUCUUUUUCUCCCGUUUCCCCUUCACCUUUCUCUCCUUCUCUCUUCUCUGUUGUAAAGACAUGCUGAAGUGCUUGUCGACUUGUCAGUUAGGGUAAAUUCAAAAGGGGAUAUACAAAACGAAAAGCUUGUAAAAAAAAAAAAAAAAGCAAACAAAAAAAGCAAAAAAAAAAAGAAGCAAAAAUCAAACAUAAAAGACUAAGGCUAUGGAUUUAGGCAUGCCUGUUUUUUCACAAUAGGAGGAAAUGUUAUUUAAAUUUCUUACUUAACAAGAAACAUGGGGCCAACGGUGAACAGCAAAGGCUGUAGCAUUAAUCUAGGGGAGUGAGUUGAACUUAAAGGGUGGGGGGGGGGGGUUAUUUUGCGUUCUCUUGAGAAAAUUUAUUGUGAAAAAAAGAUUUCAAAUGAUUUGAAGUUGUUGUGCAAUACUUAAUUGAGACAUGAAAACCACAGGUUAGUGGUAGGCUGACACUGAGCGGUCUUUCCAUCGCUUAGAGUCAGUGUCCUCUAGAGAGCUUUCCAGUCUACUAUGUCAGAACUGUGGUUUCUUGUUGAUUUUUAUUUCUUUAAGUUUCUUUUUUUAUUCUUUUUUUUUUUGGGCUGUAAACUAUGGUCUGUCAGUCUGUGAACUUUGCAGUAUAAUUCUGGUAUUGUUGUUCUCUUUACGGUGUAAUAAAUAUGUUAAUACCUGCCUCGGA